ACUUCUUCUUCUCAACUUAACCAUUCAUGGUGACUGACAAGUCAUGAUAAUUUUUUAUAAAACAAAUAGUUUUUCGCAAUGGACGAUUCGUUUUUCGGGUUUGAUACAACUACAAGUGUGCCGGAUGAAGAUGGCAGUGACGGACGAAUUGCAGAGCCCCCGGAAGAAGAGUACGACGCUCUUAACGAUGAAACGUUUGGCUCGGCUAUAAAUGGCGACUGGGAAGAAGCCCACGAAACGCUUGUCCUACUCGGGGGCAAUGGCGAAAAAGCUCGCAAAGGGUCUGACUUCACAGAUCACAGCCAGAGCGGCAAUGGCGCUUUCCAGAGUCAGCAUCAGCAUAUGCACCUGCGUGGUUUCCAAAGCGGAAGCAUUGACGACUCGGACUUGGAACUGAAUUUGUCGUCAAUGAAAUUAGAUGACGUUGAUGUAAGUUCGUUCGGAGAAAGCGAUGGAAACAACCGCAUCAACUUGGACUCGGGUGUUUGGACAACUCAUCCCCCCUUUCCAAUACCGAACAAUCAACAGCUUUUUCGAGAUAACUUUCGCAGCGCAUUUAAGUUCCAACCACAGGCAACCGCAAGCACAGGCACACAAAUGAAGCCAUUACAUGAAUCAAAUGCCAAUUUUGGAUUACCCCCAAUGCCACCACCCGCGUCGGCUAAAAUCUCGACGCUUGAGGACAUUGAACGGAAUCUAAUCAUACAACAGGCAAUACCCAAACAGCAGAUACAUCAGCAGGUGCAACCUUUGCACCAACAGGACUUCAAUGUGGGCAAUCGGCAGCAUGUGGUGGUAACGCCAACAAUAUCCCAACAUCAGCAACAGCUACAAAAGCCACCGCAGCACAAGGCACCUCCUGGAUUUUUGUCAACGCCGCAAACACCGCCACCAAGGCAAAAUGUCGGAUUUCAUGGUCCACACCCGCUGGGUAGUGCUGGUCCAAUGCCGACAGCCGGCGCAGGCCUAAUGCCGACGCCCCAAUCACAACAGCAUCAACAGUUAAACGGUAUCAGUGGGAAUCGUGUUCCGCCUGGGUUUAUAUAUCCAACUGGCCUGGCUACGAACCUGCCGCAACACCCAUUGCUGCAACAGCAUGUCUUGCCGCCCAGUUUUCCCCGUCCACUGCCAAACCCACUUUUGCCCACGGCGCUCAACAAUUUUGCCAUGCAUCCGAGCUUUAAUGCAAUGCGCGCCGUUGGCAUGCACCCGGCGGCCUUUAUGCAGCCUAUUCCGCCGCCACGUCUGCCGCCACACAAUCUGCUCAAUCAACAACCCAACUCUAUGUAUAACAUGUUUAAUAUGCGCCUUGUGCAGGAAAUUCAGCAGAACCAUCCGCUUCUCCAGAACGCAGCUGUUGCGCGUCAACAGCAGCAAAGUCGUGCUGGCGAUCGCCAAAAGCAACAGCAGCAGCCCCAACAGCAGCCGCAACAACAGCAGCUAAAUCGUUAUGGCGGCAAUCUUCCUCAGGAGGAGUUUGAUGAGUACGCCAAUCUGAUGAGUACGCGCGAUAAGCAUUGGCUCAUAGGAAUUCAGCUCUCACAGUUAAACACGGACACACCAUAUAUUGACGACUACUACUACACGGUGCACAGGGAGCGCAGAAAUGGUCAAGUGCGUCACAGUAAGGCACAUAAGGACAACCAGUUGAACCAUCCACUAACACAGCCGCGGGGCCAUGCGCAGCUAAUAUUGGUUCAGUUAGGUAAUAAAAAUGGAUCGCGCAAUGGCCAGCAACAUCGUGAGAGACGGAAUUCAGACAACGCGAACAGCAGCAACGCUAGCGGCGUCACAAAUAGUGGCAACAACAGCAAUGCUCUACCGGGCUAUAUCUUUUCGCCCUUGAAGUUCGAGAAUUCGCUGGGAAAGCUACAGUACGGAAGUGUUACAGCGCCCCGCAAAAUUAUUGAUGCUGAUAUCAUGGGUAGCGAUAUAAGUCCAAUGGAUAAUGCCUUGUCGUUAUCAUCAACAACUGGGCAAAAUACCGAUAAAACCAAUGAAUAUCAAAACGAAGUGGUCCUGGUGCCGAGCAGCAUGCGUAAAUCUCGCCAUAUUUUGCUACACAUAGAGACCCUGUAUCGAUACCUGCUUAAACUAGAGGACCUGGAAAGUCCCGAGGUUAUGGCGACUAUUAUUUUGAAGAAGAAGAAAGAAAGCGAACGCAUUGCCGCUGUAGAACAACUCGAAAUGGCUAAUAAAACGGCCGAGGAGCGCGAGGCUGAGGCAGCUAAUCCGCAAACAAUGAAUCCAGCGCUAAAAAAUAAAUUCAACUAUGAAAUUGAGUCGCGCCAUGUUUUAGUGAACAAACUGAAAUCCGGCCUCACGUUUAAUAAAGUUGUAUCCAUGAUGAAUGUGCGCAAGGGCAAGAUACUUUUACGCCGCAUCAUGCCAUUUAUUGCUGAUCAGACAAUACGCUGGACCGUUUGGAGUGGAGUUUUCUGUUCACUACAAAAUGUCGUUAAGAAAGAUCGUGAAGACGUGGAGGGUGCGCUUUAUGCGCUUUAUCCGGAGUUCAGAAAGCACAUACACGAUGCAAAUUUGGAAACAAUUAUCAACAUUUCGGUUGCGUUUACAUUGAAUGACAAAAAGAUGUCUGGCAUUUUCUGUAGUCGCUUUGGCAUUCUGUCGCUCGUCGGAUUAAUAAUACGGGUCGAGGCGAUUUACAUUUCGGGCAUUGAUGCAACGCUUACUGAGGAUAACCGACAAAAAUGGCGUGAGUUUCUCGCACAGGUUGCUUCCUGCCUUAAUCGCACCAUACAAAAUCAAACCAUCUCAGCGGCAAUUGAGUCAGAUGCCAUUCAGCCAAUGAUGAAUCAUUUUGCACGUUUCAAAGACUUGAAACUAGAUGCGCUUUUGGCUUUAAUUACAGAGGCCAAACAUCAAAUUAAUUAAACAAAGGCAUUAUUUCAUUUCAAUUGAUUUUGUAAUUGAAAAGUUAUAUUUUCCUUGCAUUAGGUCUGUCAUUAAUGUUGGGUUAUUCAGCAGUUAAUAUAUGUAUGAAUUAUGUAUCUACAUAUACAUUUGUGUUGUGUUUAAUUUUACAUAUACAUAAUACACGCGCACAAUUUGUAAAAGAAAUCCAUGGAUACACCAAGUACAUAUAUAAAUAAACAUGCACAUGUAUGUACAUUAUACAUGUACAUUUAUCACAAGCAGGGCUCAUAUACAUAUAAACUAACGCGAAACAAUAUUUGAACUACACAAAAAAAAUGUGAAUCAUGUAAACAAAUUCAAAAUCUGUUUUUUCAUCCAUAGUAAUAUGCCCCUAAAAAUCAAAAUACUUGUUAUGGCAUCAAACAUUUUGCUCAUUGUAUAUAUGCCAUUCUGUAUUUAAUAGUGAAUACAUGUCGACAGCUAUAUUUUAUUGAGGUUUA